AUGACUUCGUUUCCCCCUCCGCGCCAAGCCGCCCGCAAGGCCUCGCUAGAUACGAGGGACGAAAUCCUUGUUCAAGUCGAACACUUCAUCGGAAUCGACGUGGGAACCGGGAGUGCCCGUGCGUGUAUCAUAGAUGCCAAGGGCGACAUUGUUGGAUUGGCAUCUGAGAACAUCGGGCUCUGGCAGCCCCAGACCGGGUACUACGAACAAUCUACAAGUGAUAUCUGGCGUUGCAUCUGCGUUGCAGUUCAGCGCGCUAUUAGCCAGCACAAUAUUGACCCCAGUACCAUCAUUGGGCUUGGGUUUGAUGCUACUUGCUCAUUGGCUGUUUUCUCUAACGUGACAGAUGAACCGGUUUCUGUGACCGGGCCUAACUUCGACACUGACCGCAAUGUGAUACUCUGGCUUGACCACAGACCAGUCGAGGAAACCGAAAAAAUUAAUGCAACCAACCACAGCCUGCUGCAAUACGUUGGUGGAAAGAUGUCCAUCGAGAUGGAGAUCCCAAAGGUCCUGUGGCUCAAGAACAACAUGCCCAAGGAAGUCUUUGAUGAUUGUAAGUUCUACGACUUGGCGGAUGCCUUAACUCACAUUGCCACCGGCAAUGAGAAACGAAGCUAUUGCAGCGUGGUUUGCAAACAAGGCUAUGUGCCUCAAGUCCCAGUGGGCGUUGAUGGGACUGUAAAGGGCUGGCAGGAGGAUUUCUUGGUGCAAAUUGGCCUGCAGGAUCUCGUGGAAGACAACUUCAAGCGCAUGGGUGGCGUUGAUGGAGUGAAUGGUGACUACCUUAGUGCGGGUGAGCUCGUGGGUACGUUGUGCGAAAAGGCAGCUUCAGAUCUAGGCCUACCUGCUGGUAUUGCCAUUGGUAGCGGCGUCAUUGAUGCUUAUGCCGGUUGGAUUGGCACUGUGGGUGCCAAGGUCCAGCUCGACUCGGAGCAACUGAGCGUCGAUGCUGCAAACAAUGAUCAGGCCCAGGCCUUCUCACGCCUGGCGGCCGUUGCUGGAACCUCGACCUGCCAUCUGGCCAUGUCCCCUGGCCCUGUCUUUGCCCACGGAAUCUGGGGCCCAUACCGCGACACGAUCAUCCCCGGGUAUUGGAUGGCCGAGGGAGGGCAGUCAGCUACCGGGGAGCUGCUCAAGCAUGUCAUCGAAACGCAUCCCGCCUUCAACCAGGCGAUUUCGAUUGCGGAAUCCUACAAUACCAAUAUCUAUGACUAUCUCAAUGAGCAUCUGAAGGAAAUGAUGACUGAGCGGAAAGCCCCUAGUAUCUCUUAUCUGGCUCGCCAUUUCUUUUUUUACGGUGACCUCUGGGGUAACCGCUCCCCAAUUGCUGACCCAAGCAUGGCUGGCUCAGUUGUUGGCCUCUCUAGCGAGCAAUCAGUGGAUGGCCUAGCCAUAUACUACUAUGCCACACUCGAAUUUAUUGCGUUGCAGACCAGGCAAAUCGUUUCGACCAUGAAUGAAUCGGGCCACACCAUUUCAUCCAUCUUCAUGUCAGGCUCCCAAUGCCAGAAUGACAUUUUAGUCAAGCUUAUUGCAUCGGCAUGCGGCAUGCCGGUCCUCAUACCACGCUAUACUCAAGCCGCAGUCUGUAUAGGUGCCGCCAUGCUUGGAGCCAAGGCUGCGAGCGCAGAUUCUGAAGGCAAGACAGAAGAUUUAUGGAGUAUCAUGGACCGGAUGAGCAAGCCAGGAAAGAAAAUUGUGCCGACGGAUGACGAGAACGAAAAGGCUUUGCUUGAAGUCAAGUAUAGGGUUUUCCUGGAGCAAUGCCACAAGCAGCAAGAGUAUCGCGCCCUCGUUGAUGACGCCGUGCAUUCGUGGAAGUCUUCUUAG